AUGGAAACAUAUUGUGUGGAUCUGAAAAAGGAAACUUGCUCAUGUAGAAAGUGGGACCUGUUUGGUAUAUCAUGUUGUCAUGUAAUUUCUUGUGUAUGGAACAUCAAGAAACAACCUGAGAAUUAUAUUGCUGCAUGUUAUAAGAAAACUACUUUUAUGGACACAUAUUCAAACAUUGUGUAUCCAACAAAUGGACCACAAUUGUGUCCCAUAGCUGAUAUGAAUACAGUGGCACCGCCAGUGAUGAGGAGAGCUAUAGGUAGGCCUAAAAAGCAAAGGAACAAAACAAAUGAUGAACCUAGAAAUCCUCACAUACUACCAAGGAGAAUUUCAAUUGUCACAUGUGCAAAAGGUGGUGCUAUGGGACAUAAUAAGAUGAAAUGUAAAGGCAAAAGGGAACCUGAUAUAGCAAUUCCUAAGGGUGGUAAUAAGCCAAAGAUGGAUAAGAAAGUGAAAGGUGGAAAGGGAACCAAAAAGUUAAAAGAAAAGAACACAGAAAUUGCUCAAAGUUCACAAGCUCCUCAACCCACUCAAGAAUAG